UGGAAGUGGAGGCAAGUGUGGGUCUAACUCCGGACCGAGUGAGACCGGCGGAGUCGCCCUGCCUCAGUUUCCCCCACGAACCCCACCGCCCGGCACCUUCAUAAUUACAGUCCGCGGUUGCUCGAAGAACGCAACUUAGGUUCCUGGAAUGCAGACCCAGAAAUUUUGACCCGUGGACACCUCGGCGUGAGCAACAUGGACUUCCAGACGGCCCCAGCCCCACCACCUGGCCUUCCUCCUGAGGCCCCAGCCAUGGACCUGGAGAAGGCUGAGGCCCCCUGCCCCUCCUCGCCCUCCCUCCUCGCUCCUUUUGACUCUCCUUCGCGGGGCAAUGGCGUGGAUUCAGACCCGGACCCUUCCUGGAGUCUGGCAGACCCUGAAGGCCCCCAGAUCCCCAGCCCUAAAGAGGUUGAGAGGACGGAGGCCAAGAACCCAGAGGGCUGCCUAGUGAGAGGCCUGAGCAAAAUGGAGCUGGAUGAGGAGCUGCAGGGAGGGUCACCUGAAGAGAAAGAGAUCCAGGGCCUAGUGAGCCAGUUCCAGGCCCUGGGGCCUGAUUUGGUUGAUGCCCCGCCCCGGGAGGGCCUCCCUUGCCCCCUCCACAUUGCCAUGGGCCGAGGGUUGGCUACCCCACCUCCCUCUGAGGCCCCGGGGGGCCACGGGCUCCUGUCGGUUGAAGCCGGGCGGGAAGAUCUACUGAGUCUCCUCCGCUGCGAAGGGUCCACACCCCCAGGGGAUUCCAGCCCUCCGGCCCCGCUCUCUGACAUCGGCUGCCUCUCAGACCGUGUCCCCCGUCUCCUUCAGCCCCCGGCUGGCCCAGAGGGCCCAGAAGCCGGGGGCAGCAACCUCCAGAAAUGGUCUAAGGGGGAGGACAGCCCCAGCAGCUCCCCAGAGCCCUGGCUGGGGCCAAACCCGCUCGCCCAACCUGAGGAGCUGCCUGGUGCCACUGCCCAGGCACCUGAGACCUUGACAUCUUUCCCAGCCUUCAGGGAAGUGCCUGGGCCCUGCGAUCCAGAGGAUCUGCUGGAUGGGGUCAUCUUUGGUGCCAAGUAUCUGGGCUCCACCCAGCUUGUGUCAGAAAGAAAUCCACCCACUAGUGCCCGCAUGGCCCAAGCUCAGGAAGCUGUGGACCGGAUCAAGGCCCCCGAGGGAGAGUCUCAGCCCAUGACAGAAGUGGACCUCUUUAUCUCCACCCAGAGGGUCAAGGUCCUUACAGCCGACUCUCAGGAGGCUAUGAUGGACCACGCGCUGCAGACCAUUUCCUACAUUGCGGAUAUCGGAAACAUCGUCGUCUUGAUGGCCCGGAGGUGCCUGGCCCAGCGGUCGGGCCCCAGAGAUAAGCGGCUCUAUAAGAUGAUUUGUCAUGUCUUUCACUCGGCUGAUGCUCAGCUCAUCGCUCAGGCAAUUGGUCAAGCCUUCAGUGUGGCCUACCAGCACUUCCUGCAGGCCAGUGGCAUUGACCCAUGCCAGCUGAGUGCCCAGCAGUACCAGGAAGUGCUUGGAGACGGGGAUCUGCACAAUGGUGAUCUAGCCCACUUCUCCAACCAAGAGAACUGCAAGGAUGUGACAAUCCAGAAGCAGAAGGGAGAGAUCCUAGGUGUGGCAGUAGUGGAGUCAGGCUGGGGCUCCCUGCUGCCCACAGUGGUCAUUGCCAACUUGCUGCACGGGGGCCCGGCCGAGCGCUCUGGGGAGCUGAGCAUUGGGGACCGGCUCACAGCCGUCAACGGGACCAGCUUGGUGGGGCUGCCCCUGACUGCCUGCCAGAAUAUCAUCCGGGAGCUGAAGCAUCAGGUGGAGGUGAAGCUGAACAUUGUACACUGUCCCCCCGUCACCACUGCCGUCAUCCGCCGGCCUGAUGCCAAGGACCAGCUGGGCUUCUGUGUGGAGAAUGGGAUUAUCUGUAGCCUAAUGCGUGGGGGCAUCGCCGAGCGCGGGGGCAUCCGCGUGGGGCACCGCAUCAUCGAGAUCAACGGGCAGAGUGUUGUGGCUAUGCCUCACGAGAAGAUCAUCCAGCUGCUCACACAGGCGGUCAGUGAGGUCCAUAUAAAGACGAUGCCAGCCUCCACUUACCGCCUUCUCACAGGGCAGGAGCAGCCCAUGUAUCUCUGAGGAGAAGGCUGGAAACAUGGGCUGGGCCUGGGCCCCCUUGACUCUGAAUUUUUCUUUGGGGGGGGGGGGGGGGGAAGACUUGUGGAGAGGGGCUGAAUCCGCUUCUACCCAUCUCCUUCCUCUGUCACCCCAGCCUUUCUGCUUCUUGCAAAGGGCUCAGACCAGGACUGCAGGGCUGGAGUGGCACUAACUGGAGCAGAUCUCAGUCUGGAGAGUUUGUCCAGCCUCCAGUCCACUGACUUAACCUCACGAGCCACCACAGCAGGGAUCUAGUCAAACAGGACCUGCUGCUUCUCAAACAUCACUCCUUUCUGCUGGGGUCCCUGGCCUUCCCUCCCCCUCCAAGGCAUAGGAACCUUGCCUUCCUCUGGGCUUACUCCUGUUGAUGAGUGCCAGUGUCUUGGAGAAGUCUGGUCCUCUACCAAGCAGAGGCUACGCCGCCUCUCUGCCAACUGAGCUUGUCAUUGUCCAACGAUGGUGGCAGGGCCCUAGGCAUCCAUCCAUCCUAUCCCCUAUAAAGUUGUGCCUCAAGUAGAGGAGCUGCCUCUUUCCAAGACCAGUGGCAGGUCCCAGGAGGAAAAUUGAGCUGCCCCCCUCCUCAACUUGCAUGUGCCUUUUUCUGCCCUUAGUGAAAAGUGUUUCUCUGCCCAGGAGCAGACAGGGGCAAGUGACUAAUUGUUUUUAUGUCAGUAAAUAACCGUUGAAAAAUAAAGUGGUUCUGGAAGA